AUGGCAGAGGAAAACACACCAGCACUCGCCGAUGAGCUUGGAUGGGAAGAACCACCUGAUCAGGACCCGGAGAAUCCCCUCAAUUGGUCGGCGGGCCGCAAAUGGAGCAUCAUCGGGAUCCUCUCUUUUAUCACCUUUCUCACGCCCUUGGCGUCUGCAAUGAUGGCUCCUGGUGUACCAGUCAUCAUGGCCGAGUUUGGCACCUCCAAUGAGGAAGUUGCGACAUUCAUGGUUUCUGUCUUUGUACUCGGGUUUGCAUUCGGGCCGCUUGUGAUGGCGCCUUUGAGCGAGCUUUACGGACGAACACCAGUUUACCACGUCUGCAACAGUCUUUUCAUCAUCUUCUCGAUUGGAUGUGCCGUAUCUCAGAAUGUCGGGAUGCUCAUUGCAUUUCGAUUUCUCUCUGGAUUUGUUGGGGUCGCUACGGUGACCUGCGGCAGUGGCACGAUAGCAGACAUGGUACCCCCUGAGCAACGAGGAGCCGCCAUGUCUAUAUGGUCCAUUGGACCUCUCCUUGGGCCUGUGAUCGGACCUGUUUGUGCUGGCUUUCUGGUCGAGGCCAAGGGUUGGAGAUGGGUGUUUUGGGUUAUAACUAUUGUUUCUGGGGCUGUAAUCCUCGCUUCCUUUGUAGUUUUUCGAGAGACGUAUGCACCUGUCAUUCUCGAGCGAAAGGCUGCAAAACUACGCAAGGCGACCGGAACCACCAAGUAUCGCUCAGCCAUGCAAGCAACAGGCUCAUCGAAGGAGAUCUUUAUUUCUGCCAUCACUCGACCCAUGCGGAUGCUUCUAUUCUCGCCUAUUGUCACUAUGGUUUGCCUAUACAUCGCCACUCUCUACGGCAUGUUAUAUCUGCUAUUCACCACCUUUACCUUUGUGUAUCACGACAUGUAUGGGUUCAGUGCGGUGGGUGCAGGGUUGUCAUUUAUUGCUGGAGGUGUUGGAAACUUGCUUGGCUUGAUGUUUGUGGGAUACUUGUCGGAUAAGCUGAUAAGGGAUGGUCAGAGUGCAGGCAAGGCCGUCGAGCCAGAGCAGCGACUGGACCUGAGACUCACUGUCCCUACUGCCUUGACUCUCCCCAUCGGCCUCAUCAUUUACGGCUGGACAGCAGAGAAGCAAUUACACUGGAUCGUGCCGAUGAUCGGUACAGGCAUCAUGGGCUUUGGUAUGAUCGGCAUCUUUAUGAUCUCGCAAACUUACCUUGUCGACGCCUUCACGAGACAUGCUGCCUCGGUCACCGCAGCAAAUGCCGUCUUACGGAGUUUACUGGGAGCCCUUCUCCCCCUCUGUGGGCUGAAGCUCUACGACGGACUCGGUCUGGGUUGGGGGAAUACAUUGCUUGGAUUGAUUUCUCUUGCCUUGGCGCCUGUACCAUGGUUGUUGAAUAGUUUCAACAAAAGUUUUGAUCUGGGAGCUGCCAGACGCCCGCGGCCUGAUCCUGAUUGCUUUGCUGUAGCUAUGCUCAUACACUGUCUAGUGCCAAGUUUCGAGACUAGGGAGCAAUAUAUGUAA